CAAGCUUACGAAGAUGGUGGAAGUUUCUUCUUCCUUGAAGUGAAACCCCAACUGAAACCCAAACAUCCUGCUGAGCGAGGGCUGGGAGGACACUCCAGGUACAGCGCAUUAGUUUCACCGCUCCCCGCUCGGACGCCGGCCUUUAUCCCAGCCCUAUGUCAUGGCCAGUGGAGCCACCAAGUCAGGCACUUCCAAUGGAUACCCUAUUAGGGCACAGCUGCAAAUCAUUGUGCUAUCAGCAAAACUGAAAGAAAACAAGAAAAACUGGUUUGGACCCAGUCCCUAUGUGGAAGUGACCGUCGACGGCCAGUCCAAGAAAACAGAGAAAUGCACCAACACUCACAGCCCCAAAUGGAAGCAGCCGCUCACUGUGAUUGUAACGCCAUUCAGCAAACUAGUGUUUCGUGUGUGGAGCCACCAGACCCUGAAGUCAGAUGUGUUGCUGGGCAUGGCCACCCUGGAUGUCAGUGAAACACUCAAGUCUAAUGAUAUGAAAAUUUUUGAGGUGGUGCAGACCUUACAACUGUGUGCAGACAGGGACCAGUCAGAUGUGGUGGGGGACCUGUCUGUCUGCCUAGACGGCAUGGCUGUUGAUCCUGAGAUGUUCGCCAAAGCAGAAGCUGACCAACAUAGUACAUCAAACGGGGAGUCGCAGCCAAAUGGGGAUCAUACCAUAAGACAUAGUCGAGACAGCUCUCCAGCUGUGGAUAAUGUAGAGCACAGGUCCUCCCCCAGUGUCCAGAGGUCAGAGAACAGCACAGGGUCUCCCUCGGUAUCUUCAACAGGGCUGAGGCCUGUUCGGCCACCUAGGCCCUCUAGACCGCCACCUCCAACCCCACGCAGACCCACCUCCUCACCAGCAUCUUCCAGCAAUGGUUCUGCUGCAGCAAACGGCAGCGACGGGCAGUCAGGUUCUGAUACACCGGUGCGAACACCAGCCUCGGGACCCUCAUCAGCCCCAGACUCAAGUCCACCAUCAAACUCAGACAGGAACUCCACAUCGGCUUCCAGUUCUGGAGCUGCAGCGACCAGACAGCCAACCGCCACCCCUGCUGUCACUCCCAGAGUCCCUGCAGUCAGCACGGGACCCUUGCCUCCUGGAUGGGAGCAGAGAGUGGAUCAGAAUGGCAGGUUGUAUUAUGUUGAUCACGUGGAAAAGAAAACGACGUGGGAACGGCCUGAACCAUUGCCCCCUGGAUGGGAGCGUCGUGUUGACCAGAUGGGGCGGGUCUACUUUGUUGAUCACAUCACACGAACAACCACAUGGCAGCGCCCCACUGUGGAGACAGUGCGUAACUAUGAGCAAUGGCAGCACCAGCGCAGCCAGCUGCAGGGCGCCAUGCAGCAGUUCAACCAGAGGUUUAUAUUUGGGCUACAAGACCAGGCUGCAGCCACUCAGAAUAAGGAGUUUGAUCCUCUUGGGCCUCUACCACAUGGAUGGGAGAAGAGAACAGACUCCAAUGGCAGAGUUUAUUUCGUGCAUCACCCCACACGGUCAACGCAGUGGGAGGAUCCAAGAACACAGGGAUUGCUGAAUGAGAAGCCACUUCCUGAAGGCUGGGAGAUGCGGUUCACUGUAGAUGGUAUUCCUUAUUUUGUUGACCACAACAGGAGAACCACCACCUACAUCGACCCACGCACUGGAAAAUCCUCACUUGAAAAUGGACCCCAGAUCACUUAUGUUCGGGACUUCAAAGCCAAAGUACAGUACUUCAGAUUCUGGUGCCAGCAACUGGCGAUGCCUCAGCACAUCAAGAUCACAGUAUCCAGAAAAACCCUGUUUGAGGACUCUUUCCAGCAGAUAAUGAGUUUCAAUGCUCAAGAUUUGCGAAGGAGGCUGUGGAUUAUCUUCCCUGGAGAAGAAGGUCUUGACUAUGGAGGUGUUGCCAGGGAAUGGUUCUUCCUGUUAUCCCAUGAGGUUUUGAACCCGAUGUAUUGCCUGUUUGAAUAUGCCGGUAAAGAUAACUACUGUCUUCAGAUCAACCCAGCCUCCUACAUCAACCCUGACCACCUGAAGUAUUUCAAGUUCAUAGGACGCUUUAUUGCCAUGGCUCUUUUCCAUGGCAAGUUCAUUGACACUGGGUUUUCACUGCCAUUUUACAAGCGCAUCCUCAACAAGCCGCUGGCCCUCAAAGACCUGGAGUCCAUCGAUCCUGAGUUCUACAACUCCCUCAUGUGGAUCAAGGAUAACAACAUCGAGGAGUGUGGGCUGGAGAUGUUCUUCUCUGUUGACAAGGAUAUCCUGGGGGAGAUCACCACCCAUGAGCUGAAACCAGGAGGAGGAGACAUCCAAGUCACAGAAGAGAACAAGGAGGAGUACAUCAGGCUGGUAGCGGAGUGGCGGCUGUCCAGAGGAGUAGAAGAGCAGACACAGGCUUUCUUUGAAGGCUUCAACGAGGUCCUCCCUCAGCAGUACCUGCAGUACUUUGAUGCAAAAGAGCUGGAGGUAAUGCUGUGCGGUAUGCAGGAGAUUGACCUGGCAGACUGGCAGAGAAACACCAUCUACAGACACUACGCCCGCAGCAGUAAACAGAUUGUCUGGUUCUGGCAGCUCGUAAAGGAGAUGGACAAUGAGAAGAGGAUGAGACUGCUGCAGUUUGUCACUGGUACCUGUCGCCUGCCAGUAGGAGGCUUUACUGACCUCAUGGGAAGCAACGGUCCUCAAAAGUUCUGCAUUGAGAAGGUGGGAAAAGAGAACUGGCUUCCCAGAAGUCACACAUGCUUCAACAGACUGGACUUGCCACCCUACAAGAGCUACGAGCAGCUGAAGGAGAAGCUGAUGUUCGCCAUCGAGGAAACGGAGGGCUUUGGACAGGAGUGAAAGGAACCAGGAGCUGGAUGCAGGAGUCUGAAGGCAUAAAAACCACCGGUGUUCAAAUCAGGGAGCCUCUUUAGAAUAGGCAGGAGUUUUUGCUCAUGCAUGCACGCACAUGUGUAGUACUUCUAUGGGAGCAUGUGCUAGGCUGUUGCCUGCAUGUUGUUGGGAUUUGGACAUGGGCUCUGCACACUACGGUCUCAGCAGGCCUCUGCACGCCCGACGGGUUUGAGAAAUUUUUGUAUCUUUAAAACCAAAACACAGAAGCUGCUCCUGUCUCUCAGAAUGUGUGCCACUUUAUGCAUGGUGAACUCACCCUCUAUGACAUCAGUUUAACAAGACUUCAGCUUUGCUUUUGUUUAGUUUAGUUUUUUUCCCUCCCCACCCAUGUGAUCAUGCCAGGUUAAGGGGGAGGGAUUAAACUGAACACUUCAUGACCAGACAUGGCACAGGUUCCAGCAGGAAAUGUUUUAAAUUAAAUUAUAAUCCAAGAUUGAGAGGGUGUGCUUUUCUUCUGAAACUGACUUAAGUUUCACCAAAAAAAAUUUUUUGAAUUCUAUUGCUUUAGAAUCAAACUCACUUUGAUCUGCAUCCUGAUUAUAACUGGAUCUUCUUUUUUUUUUUUUUUUUUUAAAAAGCAGCAACACAUUAGCUUGAGCAGACCAACUUGGUGAAAUUCUAAAACGUAGUGCUUCAAACUAUUACUAACAGACAAUCUUGGUGCUCCAGAGAGAUUUGGGAGACAUGCCUGUUUUGUGUUCCUGCUUCUUUAGUAUUUGAUCUGUGAAUCGAUUUAAUGAUUGUGAAAAGUGUUCUUUAGUGGUGGGAGAAGUGGAAGAGAAAUUAAAGAGGCCCUAGUUUUAUAGGGCCAGAGUUUGCACGCUGUGAUGUGGGAUGGGAACACUGGAUUAAAGCAUCCUGUGUGAAUCCUUUUAAGUUAUUCAUCUCAGAAUCCACUUUAAAAACAUUUUACUCUUUUCUUCUUUUAAUUCACGGGGUAGUCUUGAUAAAAAAUGAUCAUCCUGAAGGUAUUGUUUUAGUUAUAAAUUGAUCAUGAUUCAACUUAAAAAGCAUUAAAACAAAAGUUUUUUUUUUUUUUUUUUUUUUUUUUUAAUGCCAAAAUCAAGUCAAACCAAAUCAGCUUUUAAGUCCUAAUGGAGAUUUUGAAUGCUUACGUAACAGCUUGAAAAUAAGUAGUUUGUAGCUUUUUGUGCACAUGUAGCAGUUGAAUUUGACUGAUCAAGCUCUUGCCUUAGUUUAGACUUUUUAAUGCCCUGCAGCAAAAUGAGAGAAAAUAAAGGUUUUGGAUAUUGAAGAAGGUUGAAUUCUGUCUUCCCUUUUACACUUAGAGGAACAUUUUACCUCCAAAUCUUUUUAGCAGGCACAGCAGUUUGGCCCGAAUGCAUCAACUGUAGAAAUACAUUCAAAGUAAAAAGGAUCAUUAUAAAGCUGUAGGAGGCAUUACUGUUGCUGGAAAUAUGAUAAAGUGGUGAAUUCAGGAGGGAAAACUGAGAUUGAAGUGGUAAAUUUACAAGAAGAAAAAAAACUCAUAUUUGGAGAUGAUACAGACAAUUGGUGAAGGGGGAGAAAAAAAAAAACUUGGAAAUGUUCUGAGAUUAAAGUCCAAGGUUCAGUCAACCACAACACACCAGAGACGCCAGCACUGGCUGUUUCAUGCCUACAGUGGAUGACCUAAUCAGAUUGGACUGACAAUUAUGGUACCAAAAUUACCAUCUGAUUAUAAGCGUCUGCACUUUGAGGUGACUUGUGCAUGAAUCAGACCCGUUGAAACGAAAACAACAUGCAGAUGGAGAUGAAGCGACGGGUGCUGUUGCUCCUUCCCACCAGUGUGUGUUUGGCCAGCAGUGUGUGGUGCGAUGACGUUAAUCUGAACUGUAGCAAAAAAACUUUUUCCUUUUCUUAAACAAACCACUUUAAUCUCAGUAUCCUUAUUUUUAAUGCUAAAUUUAUUAGUUUUAGUGUCAUGAUUUGUUUUUUCUAAAUAAUACCUCAUCCCUGGCUCCAUAUUUAAUUAUUUUUUUAACCUUAUAAUUGCAGAGAGAAAGUAUUUGUGUAUGAUUCUUGCCUCUUCUUUUGGUUAUGGAUCCCCAGAACGGCUGACUUAAGCAGAUUGUUGUAUUAAUUACAAAUGUGAAUACACAAAGAAACCUGAUGCUUUAUCAAGGUGGCAUCCAGAGUUGUGUGCUGAGGUGUGGUUUGUUAUUUUUGGAGUGCUUCUUAUUUAGUUACACACUGAAAGGCAGUUGUGGCCACUUAGGGACGUUGGAUUCAGGUGGUGUUAGUCUGAUAAAGCAAUCCCCCCCCCCCCGAUCACCCCCAGCACGUGUGAGUUCCAGUCCCGGUUUCUCUGGGCUCGUCAUUUCCACACGCAUGUUGAGAUGGUCUGUCGUUAGCCUUCAGGUAGCCUUAUUUCCACCCUCAGGCUUCAGGCGUGCUUUUUAGCAGCUUGAGGCCAGCAGAGAUGAUCGACCGCGGGUUGCUUUAUGCUAAAAUGAAUGCUCUGGACUGCACCAGAUUCAAGCUGAGGGUCUAAUGAAUGUAUCACGAUGAAAAGUUGGUAUAGUUGCCUAUUAACAGUUUUGCCUCAGAUUGUUUCCCCUGAUGCAGGGUGUUUUGAUCGUGCUCUGGGUCGAUCACAUAUUAAAAUCUUGGGAACAUAGUUGACUAGAUAUGUAAAUAUUAACUGCUCCUUUGUUCUUUUUUUUUUUUUUUUAAAUUGUCCAGAAAUCUCCAUAUCCAAAUAAACCGCUGUCACUCUCCUGUAUAUGAAAGUUGUAAAUGGUGUCAAUAACAAAUUUUCUUUUUUAAGAGAGGUUUUAAAAAGAGGUUUAUGGUAACACUAUUUUCUUUUCCCUGUUUAAUUUCUGAUGUAUAUGAAAGAUGUAAUAUAGAAAAUGCCAACUUAAUAAAUUAAA